AUGGAUUCCUUUAAAGGUGGAAUGAAUUUGGAGAGACUGCCUGAGAGCUUGAGACCCCAACCCUCCCAUGACAUGGCUUCCAGCUUCCAUUUGCAAAGAUCCUCGGAACCCAGAGACCCGAUCGACAACUCAGCCAGUGAAUCCUCCGACACGGAGGUGCCAGAAAAAGAGCGAAGCGGAGAGCAGAAAAACGAAGACGGGGCCGCGGACGAUCCGGCGAAGAAGAAGAAGCAGCGGCGGCAGCGGACCCACUUCACCAGCCAGCAGCUGCAGGAGCUGGAGGCCACCUUCCAGCGAAACCGCUACCCCGACAUGAGCAUGAGGGAGGAGAUCGCCGUGUGGACCAACCUCACCGAGCCCCGAGUCCGGGUCUGGUUCAAGAACCGCCGAGCCAAGUGGAGAAAGCGGGAGCGGAACCAGCAGAUGGACCUGUGCAAGAACGGCUACGUGCCCCAGUUCAGCGGGCUGAUGCAGCCCUACGAUGACAUGUACGCCGGCUACCCCUACAACAACUGGGCCACCAAAAGCCUCACCCCGGCGCCGCUCUCCACCAAGAGCUUCACCUUCUUCAACUCCAUGAGCCCCCUGUCCUCGCAGUCCAUGUUCUCGGCUCCCAGCAGCAUCCCCUCCAUGAACAUGCCCUCCAGUAUGGGCCACUCGGCCGUGCCGGGCAUGGCCAACUCCGGCCUCAACAACAUCAACAACAUCAGCGGCUCCUCGCUCAACUCGGCCAUGUCCUCGCCCGCCUGUCCCUACGGGCCGCCGGGCUCGCCCUACAGCGUCUACCGGGACACUUGCAACUCCAGCUUAGCCAGCCUCAGACUGAAAUCUAAGCAGCACUCCAGUUUCGGCUACAGCAGUUUGCAAAGCCCCGGCUCUAGUUUAAACGCCUGUCAGUACAACAGUUGA